CUGUCCUUCUCCUUCUACUUCAUUGUGUCUGCUCUUCACAUUUCUGCUUUACCCAAAUAGCCCACAAAUCCUCCCCACCCCCAUUAUAAGCGAUCAUCUCUUGUUCUUAGACGUCACAACAAGCCCCAUCUCUUCUUCUCGACCCUUUAUUGCCAAUUAAUAGUAUUUGGCUAAUUAUUCACUCUCCCUCUAGCUAGGGCCAUGGAUUUCCAACCAAAUACUUCUCUACAUCUAAGCCUACCAAGCAAUCAACUAAACCUAGAACUUGUACUUGAGCCAUCUUCUUCAUCAUCACGUCAUAGUCCAGCAGAACCUCGAAUUUUCUCAUGCAACUAUUGCCAAAGAAAGUUUUAUAGCUCACAAGCUCUUGGUGGUCACCAAAAUGCUCACAAGCUUGAGAGAACCUUAGCCAAGAAGAGCAGAGAGAUGAGUUCAUCCGUACGGGCACACGGAGGAUCGAACCCACGGUCAGAAUCAUCAUAUAGCAUGAGUGGCUCAACCUAUCCUCGAGACCAUCAGCCAGCCCUAGCAGGGUUCGAGCACCAUGGACAUGCUGGUAGGAUUGUUGGUGGCUUGAGCUAUGGCAGGACAGAGAUGAAUUACGGUUCUAGAGAAGGUAUUGGGGGUUCUUGGUCCAUGGUAUACAGAACCGAAAAUGUUCAAGAAGAGUUGAGCCAACUUGACUUGUCUUUAAGGCUUUGAAAUCUUGUGUUACUUAACUUCAUUUUUUGAAGUUCUCUUUUACAUACAGUUUGAAAAUCCAGAUUUGGGUAGAAAUGAUUUAUAUUCCUAAACUUAACCCAAAUCUCAUGUUGAGAAAGAAUUCCUAGAAAAGAAUUGAAUUCAAAAUAUUUAAAAUUAUGUCAUGGAA